UGUCACAAGAUAAACAGCUGCAGCUUCCGCAGUAAACUUGUUUGAAUCGUGUCUGAACAUCAAACUUCAGUCUGACUUCAGCUUUACAAACAUGACUCGACCUGUUUUCAUCUUUUUAGCGGCUUUGUUUUCUGUGGCAUGGACGCAGUUUAUCCCGCCGUAUACAGAAGACUGUCGAGCAGAUAUGUAUCCACCAGACGGCCCCACCUUCAAAGGACCCGUCAGUUGGUACACAGUGGACCUCGACUUACCGCCCAGCAAGAGAUGGACAGCCGUGAUCACUGACAAAAAAACACAACUGGUAGAAAUGAUUCAGGCCAUCAAAGACCUGGCUAAUGCUUUUGUGCCCAGUGGGAGACUAAUAGAGCUGGUCGACAUUGCGCUGCCUCUGAUGGUCGACACACUCCCAGAUCCUUUUGGUGAUGAAAUCAAAGGAAUUGCUGCUGAUUCAGGAGUUGCUCUUGGUGAAGUCGUCCUGUUCAAUAUCUUCUAUGAGGUGUUCACUGUGUGCACAUCAGUUGUUGCAGAAGACGAUAAGGGUAACCUCUUUCAUGGUAGAAAUCUGGAUUUUGGAUUAUUUAUGGGCUGGGAUGCGAAAAACAAGUCAUGGAUCAUUGCUGAGAAGCUGAAGCCUCUAGUGAUCAACCUCGACUUCAAGAGAAAUAACCAGACUGUCUUCAAGUCUACAAACUUUGCUGGAUAUGUUGGCAUGCUGACUGGCAUUAAGCCUCACAUAUUCACUCUGACUAUGAAUGAACGCUUCAGCCUGGAUGGAGGAUACAUCGGAAUCCUGGAGUGGAUCCUGGGCAAGAGAGAUGGGAUGUGGAUGAGCUUUCUCACCCGCACUGUCCUAGAAAAGGCAAACAGCUAUGAGGAAGCCAAAAGUCUCCUGGCACAGACAAAGAUGUUGGCUCCGGCCUACUUUAUCCUGGGAGGAAACAGUACAGGCCAGGGCUGCAUCAUCACCAGGUCCAGACUGCUCAGUAUUGAUAUCUUCGAGAUUGACCUGAAGUUGGGCCGGUGGUACGUCCUGGAGACAAACUACGAUCACUGGAAGGAGCCUUUGUUCCUGGAUGAUCGCAGAACUCCUGCCAUAAAGUGUAUGAACCAGACCACACAGAAAAACAUCACACUGAAGACCUUGUACGAUGUGCUCUCAACAAAACCAGUGCUAAACAAGCUGACUACAUACACAACACUGAUGCAAGUGUCUGAAGGAAAACUGGAGUCGUACAUACGUGACUGCCCAAACCCCUGUAUGCCGUGGUAACGGUCCAACAACCACUGAACCCUGAUGAGUUUGUAAAAGCGUAUCUGCAUGGAGAAGCUGUGAUGAGAUCUUGGGACAAAAUUUGAGUUCUUUAAGCAUUUUUGCACAGCAAUUAAUCACCUCGAACCAAAGUUUGUUUUUCAGCUUACUUAAAAGCUUUGAAAAUACUAAAUCCUGCUUUGUUUCUGUGAUGACGGAAACUUGUAAAUGUUCUCCCUCUUUCAUUUGUACUGUAAUUGUGUGGAUUAUUUGCAAGAUGAGUCCAUCAGUGGAGCUCAAUAUGGGAUUAGGGACCCCGGGAUGAAUUCUUGGGUAUAAUUAAAAAACAAUUUGUGUAAUUUCUCAAAUCCAGCCUACACUCACUGUUUCGUGACUCCACUGUGUGGCCGUGCUUUUAGUUAGUUUUAAAUUAACUUUUAUACGUAAGUGUCAAAAUGUUAAUGGCUAAAGGAAGUCUGUCUCCACACACUGUAAAACAUACCUCACAGCUGACCACUUCACUCUUUAUUUUUAAAGCAUUUAAUUAAAUAAUUACCACAUU